AUGAUGGAAGUUGUGAUUAUUGCUGCUGCUGCUACACUUGGGAAUUUACUUAAUGGAUGGGAAAGUUCUACCAUUGCAGGGGCUAUGACUUAUAUCAAACAAGAAUUUGAACUGGAAAAGAAUCCAACACUAGAAGGAUUGAUUGUGUCGGUGUCUUUUAUAACAGCAACAGUUGUCACCAUGUUUUCAGGAACAAUCUCUGAUUUGGUUGGAAGAAGACCUAUGUUGAUAACAUCUUCUGUUAUGUAUAUCAUUGGAGGUUUGGUAAUGCUAUGGGCUCGUAAUGUUACAGUUAUUCUCUUGUCAAGGAUUAUCAAAGGCGCUGCCGUUGCUCUUGCUGUUACUUUUAAUCCUCUUUACAUAUCUGAGAUAGCACCACCUGAUAUAAGAGGACAAUUGAACACUCUUCCACAAUUUUCUUGUUCCGUUGGAAUGUUUUUGGCUUACAUUCUUGUUUUCAUUAUAUCCUUGAUGCCAUCGCCUAGUUGGAGAGUUAUGCUUAGUGUUAUUUCUAUUCCUUCUGUUGUUUAUUUUUUGCUGACUGUGUUUUAUCUCCCCGAAUCCCCUCGGUGGCUUGUAAGCAAAGGUCGAAUCGUUGAGGCUGAGAAAGUUUUGAAAAGACUUCGACGUGUUAAUGAUGUCUCAGGGGAGUUGGCUUUGCUUGCGGAGGGUCUCAGUCCUGGGGGGGAAGACAUGUCCAUUGAAGAAUAUGUAGUUUCUCCGGCUAGUGAGAUCCUCGUCAACAAAGAAGAUGGAAAAGAUUAUAUAAAAUUAUAUGGAGCUAAUGAGGAAGUUACAAUGGUUGCUCAAGUGAAUGGACAAGGUAGCAUGCUAUCGCGCAGUAUGCUGUCUAUGCACGAAAGCAUGGCAUCUCGCAGUAUAUUGUCUCAGCAGGGAAGCAUUUCAUCUCAAACAGCUUCUAAUUUCAAAGAUCCUAUUGUUAACCUAUUUGGCAGUUUGCACGAGAGUACUCUCAUCGAGAACAGCCGUUUGAACAGCAUGUUGAUUAACAAUGCUAAUAGUAUCUCUAGCACGGGAGAUUUAGAGUCUAGCCCAUUCGGUACAAGUGACAGCCUGCGUGCUCCAUUGAAUCCAUUUCACGGCAAUGCUGAUAGGGCUUAUGGAUCUAAGGACAUGUUAAGCAUGAGAAGCAAUAGCAGUUUGGUUCAUGGAAAUGAUGUUGAAAUACCGAGAAAUACAGACAUCGGUGGAGGUUGGAAAUUGGUUUACAAAUCAACUGAUGAUGCAAUGGGUGGGAAAAGAGAAGGACUCCAAAGAGUUUAUAUGCAUGUAGAUCCUUCUGCGGCUGCAGUGUCUCAGUCUCCGCAUAUUUCGGUUGUUUCAACUUCUGGCAAUGACAUUGACAUGGCUAUGGAUAGUGGCGAAGCUUUUCAGGCUGCUGGUAUAGUCAGCCGGAGUGCGUUGAGUAUGUCAGAAGUCGUUGCAAAAGGGCCAAAGUGGAGAACUCUUUUAGAACCAGGUGUCAAGCGUGCAUUAAUUGUUGGAAUCGGACUUCAAAUUCUUCAACAGGCUGCUGGCAUAAAUGGAUUUCUAUUCUAUGCUCCUCAGAUUCUUGAGCAGGCAGGAGUAGGAUCUCUUCUAUCAAAUUUAGGCAUCAGCUCAAUAUCUGCUUCUUUUCUUGUUAAUAUUAUUACAUCAUUCUGUAUGCUUCCUUGCAUAGCUAUUUCGGUAAGGCUCAUGGAUGUUGCCGGCAGAAGGUCAAUCAUGCUGUACACGAUACCGAUUUUGAUAAUAUGUCUACUAGUACUAGUACUGAGACAGUUUUUUCAACUCAACCCUGUCCUAGAUGCAUCGAUUUCAGCUAUCAGUGUUGUGGUCUAUGAAAGUGUCUUCUGCAUGGGUCUUGCUAUUAUUCCCGCUAUCAUCUGUUCAGAAAUAUUCCCGACUAGUGUUCGUGGAAUCUGCAUUUCCCUUACUUCUCUUACAAAUUGGACUUGCAUGUUGGUUGUCACAUUGACAUUCCCUUAUUUGCUCCAACUUCUCAGUCUCGGCGGUGUCUUCUCUCUAUUUGUUGGUGGCUGCAUCAGUUCAUGGAUAUUUGUUUACUUAAAAGUUCCUGAAACAAAGGGCAUGCCUUUGGAAAUUAUUACUGAGUUUUUUGCAAUCGGUGCAAAGCCUGGUACUGAUCCUGCAGAAUUUGGAAUGGAAGAUUAA